AUGGGUCGGCUUUCGAGAAUCAUGCUGACAUUUAGCUAUUGUGCAGGCUUCAAGAAAAAUGUCAACCGUGCGACUACGCAGGUUAUGAUGAAGACCGGUCAUGUGGAGCGGACAAAUGACCGGGAUUAUGAGAUCGAAGAACGGCGCUACCGGACCAUGGAGGCGGCCGCUAACCGACUGCAGAAGGAGGCAAAGGGAUAUUUAGAUUCUUUGCGAGCGAUGACUGCGUCGCAGAUGCGCAUCGCGGAGACAAUCGAUGCUUUUUACGGUGAUGCCGGGACAAAGGAUGGUGUGAGCCGGAGCUAUAAGCAAGCUGUGGAGGAUCUGGAUGCCGAGACUAUUAAGGCGCUGGAUGGACCAUACCGCACCACCGUCCUCGAUCCUAUCUCUCGCUUCUGUGCCUAUUUCCCCGACGUCAACGAAUGUAUCAAGAAGCGCAACCACAAGCUGCUUGACUACGAUGCUAUGCGCGCUAAGGUCAAGAAGCUCGUCGAGAAGCCCGACAAGGACGCUACCAAGUUGCCUCGUACUGAGCGCGAGGCCGAAAUUGCCAAGCAGGCCUACGAGCAGUUGAACGAGCAGCUUUUCAGUGAGCUGCCUCAGCUGAUCGAUCUCCGUGUCCCUUAUCUGGAUCCAAGCUUCGAGGCUCUUGUCAAGAUCCAGCUGCGCUUCUGUGCGGAGGCGUACUCUCGCAUGGCACAGGUGCAGCAGUAUCUGGAUGCCGAGACAAGAGAACAGUAUGCCCGCGGUGACCUUGAUAAUCGGGUAGAAGAGGUGCUCCAGGAGAUCCGUGAUUUAAGUAUUGCUGGUACUGUUUAA